GUUUCCUCAUAAACUCCACUCUCCGCUUGCCGCGCUCGCUCUUGCCCGUCCGGCGACACGCAAAACGAGGAGCACAAACUCUCCUGAUUCGUCUUCGUCUUCGUCUUCGUUUCUUCUUCUACCUCCUCUUACCUCUCUCUUUAAACUCCUUUUUCAUCAUCUUCGUGUUCAAUUCCUAUUAAUGGAUAACGAUGCAAAGCAAGAGUAUCUACAAACUUCCACUCCUCCUCAUCCAGUAGAAGAAACUGUAACUCUAAUCGAUCUAUGCAGCGGCGGCGACGACUCCGGCUUGGUGGAGCAAGAUGUACAACGAAGGUAUAAUUCUGGAGGAGCCAAGAGGCCACGCGGUUCAUCUGCACUGGACAUGAACAAUGCGAAGAAGAAGCCAACGGCUGAUGAGCUAAAGUUCGUGCUUCCGGAAGGAUUCGGCCCAUCAAUCACGACGGAGGCGUCGUCCGGCAGAGUUGGCAGUUGUAAUAAGCAGUUUUGGAAAGCUGGAGACUAUGAAGGAGCGCCUGGUGGUAACUGGGAUCUUUCUUCAGGUGGCUUUGAUCAUGUAAGAGUCCAUCCCAAGUUCUUACAUUCUAAUGCUACCAGUCACAAAUGGGCUCUUGGAGCAUUUGCAGAGCUUUUGGACAAUGCUUUGGAUGAGGUUGCUAGUGGAGCUACUUAUGUUAACGUAGACAUGCUCGAAAACAAGAAAGAAGGAAACAGGAUGUUAUUAAUUGAAGAUAAUGGAGGUGGGAUGAAUCCUGAGAAAAUGAGACAGUGCAUGUCUCUAGGAUACUCUGCCAAAAGCAAACUUGCAAACACCAUUGGACAAUAUGGAAAUGGUUUUAAGACUAGUACAAUGAGACUUGGGGCUGAUGUCAUUGUGUUCUCCCGCUCCCCUGGAAAAGAUGGAAAGAGCUCUACGCAGAGCAUCGGGCUCCUAUCAUAUACGUUUCUUAGGAGCACAGGAAAGGAGGACAUUGUUGUACCCAUGCUUGACUACGAAAGAAGAGACACUGAAUGGAGUAAAAUAGCGCGGUCUUCCCUUAGUGAUUGGGAUAAGAAUGUGAAAACAAUCAUUCAAUGGUCGCCAUUCUCUAGUGAAGAAGAUCUUCUUCGUCAGUUUGCUCUAAUGAACGAUCAUGGCACACGUAUAAUCAUAUAUAACCUGUGGGAAGAUGACCAAGGGAUGUUAGAGCUUGAUUUUGAUGCCGAUCCACAUGAUAUCCAACUUAGAGGUGUCAAUCGGGAUGAGAAAAACAUCAAAAUGGCUGCUCAGUUUCCUAAUUCUAGGCACUUCCUAACCUACAAACACUCACUAAGGAGUUAUGCAUCAAUCCUCUACCUAAGAAUUCCACCUAGUUUUCGUAUCAUACUACGAGGAAGUGAUGUUGAGCACCACAACGUAGUGAACGAUAUGAUGCAGACUGAGCAGAUCACUUAUCGACCUCAGUAUGGUGCCGAUUCAUAUGUUAAGGAUUCAAACAUGUCUGCCGUUGUCAUUCUCGGAUUCGUAAAGGACGCAAAGCAUCAUGUUGAUGUUCAAGGCUUUAAUGUCUACCACAAAAAUCGACUCAUCAAGCCAUUUUGGAGGAUAUGGAAUGCAACAGGCAGUGAUGGUCGUGGCGUCAUAGGUGUGCUUGAAGCUAAUUUUGUUGAGCCUGCUCAUGAUAAGCAAGGGUUUGAGCGUACAACAGUUCUCUCUAGGCUCGAAACACGGCUAAUUCAAAUGCAGAAAAUUUAUUGGAGCACCAACUGUCACAAAAUUGGCUAUGCUCCCAGGCGACACCCAAAGGCUGGAAACGAUUAUGGUCACACAAACACAUCACCAGAAAAUGAUCAUGAGGAAUACAGUCCAUCAGGCUUUAAAACUCGAGCUUCUGACAAGUUCUACUCAAGUUCAUAUCCGAAUCAUAGAGGGGACAAUGGUGUGUCAGGGAAUGAUAGUUCACUGUAUUUGCAAGAGGAGCUGCGCCGUGAGAGAGAGCGCAGCAAGGCUCUUGAAGCUGAGGUUGAAUUAGCAAGGCAAAAAAUAGAAGAAAUGAGCAAAGAGCAAGAGAAUCUAAUCGCAAUAUUCACAGAGGAAAGAGACAGACGUGAUGUAGAGGAAGAAAGUCUGAGAAAUAAGCUAGAGGAGGCGUCAAACACUAUCGAAGAGUUGUUGAAUAAGAUUAAAAUGCUGGAGGGAUCUAAAGGCCCGAGCUGGAGACGUUAGACAUUGAACUUGCAUAUAUAAUUGGAAGUUCAAAUUAUCCAAAAAGGUAUCUCUGUUUGAUUUAUGGCUCGACCUGCAUGGGGGUUAAAUGAAAUGUUGUAGAUUAGUGUAAGUCUUUGGCCUUUGAUUGUUUUUUUCUCAUUUUUUUUAAUUUACAAACUGGCUAAUCUCUUAGCUGUAGCAGAAGCCAGUUGUCAUGUUUGUACCAUUAGUGAUUUCCAUGUAAAAAACAACCACAAUAAGUAAGAAUUUGUGCUGACU